GGAGAAAACACCAUCGCGAGGACGAGUAACACCGACACAAGUGCUCAAAGGAGCAAUGGAUAAGGAAGGAUCUCGGAUGAAGACCUGGCCUCAAGUUCGGGGACCCCUGAUCUUCGAGGGCGUGUCUUUUGCCUACCCUACUCGCCCUGACUUUCCAAUUUUUCAAGACUUAGACCUGGAAGUGCGCGAAAACGAGACCUUGGCCCUGGUCGGUCCCUCCGGUAGCGGGAAAUCGUCCAUUGCUGGUCUGGUCACACGCAUGUACGAGCCGA